AUGUUUGAAAGCAAAUUAGAUGAUGUUGGGGUUAUUUUGCAUGAUUUUGGUGUUUUGUUGGAGGUUAGUUUAAAGAAAAAAUGAUUUUUCAAAUUCAAAAAAAAAAUAGGACAAAUUUGACAAAUUGCAAAAUUUGUCGUCAAAAAAUAAUUGAAAUGAAGUACGUGUCAAAAUGAUACGUUUUUCACGUGAAAAAAAUGAUUUUUCAAAUUCAAAAAAAAAAUAGGACAAAUUUGACAAAUUGCAAAAUUUGGCAUUUUAUUUUCCAAGUCAAAAAUUGCUUCAUUUCUUUUUUUUUCAGUUUUUCUUUCAACACUUCCAACACUUGCUGCUCUUCCAACAAUCCUCCAGUUCUUCCGAAAAUCAUUCUCCAGAAAUCUUCAAUUUUUGUUUUUUUUUUAAUUUUUAGUGACCAUCAUUCGACCCCGAUUUUUAGGAAUUAUUGUUGUUAAAGUUUAUUUCAAAAAGUGUGCUUAUAAUAUUCAUUGAAUUUGAAUUUUUUUAGAAUGUUAUAUUUUUUUUUAAUUCAAAAAGCAAUCCUUAAUCUGGAUGCGAUUUUAUGUAGUAUUUGGAAUUUCCAGUUUCAAGAAUUCUGGAUGAGGCUUUAAAAAAAUGAAUAAACUUGUGUAUUCCAUGGGUAACAGAAGUAGCCAAACUUCAUGGAUAUAGAAAAAUUGAAACAUCAUAAAAAUGAUAAGCAUAAAAAACAAAAAUAAAGUACUUCAUUAAAUAAAUCUUAAAAAUUGAUUCAAGAUUUUUCAUCCGAUUGAUUCGUCGUGUUUCCCGCAGAAAUCAAAUUUCGUACCACUAAUGUUCAUUAAAAGUGAUAUAUAAGUAUAUAUUUAUUAUUAUCAGUAAAAAUUUUAUUCAAUCCUAUGCUUGGUCCUUUUUUAUACAAGUUCAUCGAUCGAUAUAUAAAAGGAGCAUAUUUUUUGAAUUGUUUAUUUUUUGUUUUAUUAUCUUACAAAAUGCCAAAAAACAAGAUUUUCAAUUUGUGGUCUCUCCUAUAUGUAUAAUUAUGAUGUAAAACUCACACAUCAACACCUAAAAAUCCAUUUUCAAAAAUUGUUGGAAAUAAAUGAUAAAGUACAACAGCUAAAAUUGCAAUAGCUCGAAUACAUUGGAUAUCAUGUCGUUUACUCAUUUUUUCUUCUUCUGAUCUCCUAAUUUUUUCACCUUUUAUAGUUCUUCGAAAAGAAGGUCAACGCACCUAUAGGUCAAAUAUGCAAAUGUGAGAAUAAUGAGGGUUCCGGAGACAAAUUGAAAGGUUUUCCCAAUGUUUCUUUUUGGAUCGUUGAUUUUUUUCGAAUUUCUUUUCUUUUCUAUCUGGGUCACAUUCUACUAUAGUUUGUGUGUAGUUUAAUGAUUCACCGCUGAUUUGAACUUUCGGAAUUUAUUGCUUGAAUCAUAGACCUAAAUACCUCUCAUUUAAAUCCCGUAAAGUGCAAUUUAUUCAGAAAUGUUCAUUUCUACCGGUCUUGUGAAAAUCUGAUGAAUAUAUGUUCACUAAAAGUGCUUCUUUUCUUACCUACACGCGUGGUGUAGGCGGGGGGAAAAUAUAAAACAUACAAACUUUGGGAUAAAAUUCAACAACUUCGAAAAAAUAUUCAAAAAAUGCAUUUUCCCGCCUCAAUUGUUGUUUGUCUAUUAGCAUUCAUCGCUGUUAUAAAUUGUCAAUGUAAGUCACGUCUAAAAAUGUACGCGUGGCUCAGGCGGUUAGCGUCGCUGUUUUUACCAAUCGAAAGACCUUGGUUCAAUCCCAGCUUCCUAGAUGUUUUUAAAUUUAUAUGUUUUGCAGAGGGAGGUGGCCCAAUGAUGGGCGGCGGUUCGAUGGGAUAUGAAAGUGGAUUUAGCGGAGGACCAAUGCUUGAAGGAGGAAUGGGAGGAGGUGGACCAAUGUGGGGAAGACGAAUGAUAAUGUGUGGAAUGAAUCCGUAUAUGAAUAUGAUGUAUGGCAAAAAGUAAUUUUUGUUGAAUUGAUUGUUAAUUGGAAAAUGUAUAAUUAAUGAAUGUUUUGGAAAAUGUUAUUGACAUUGAGAAUUUUAUGAAAAUGAAAAUAUAAAUUUGAUAGAUUCCGAAAAUUGUUUCUAGAAAUCAACGUGUCACGGAUUAUUUAUCAAAAAUUUACCUCGCUGAAAAAUGCUCUAACAUGAGCAACCCCUUACAACUGUUCUACUUUUCUAAUUUCUGUUUUUUUGCUCCUCAAAAACUACAGUCAGCCUAAUCUUUUGAUGUCCCCUUUGGGUAAAUCGACCACGCUGAUCAUCAUUCCUUGUCAGUUUUUCAUAAAAUUGAUCGAGAAUUGAGUUAUGACGUGUUUUAUGAGCCAAUUUUGGAAAUUUUUGAACUUUCCAGAGUCUAGAACUUGGCUCAGAGGUCCAUUGGGUAACUAAAAUUUUUCGGGUGUUCUUAUGGCCCCAAAAGCUGUCCAUAGACCAAAUUUCAUCAUGAUUUGAAGUGUUGAGUAAAAAAGGUUCCCUUGUGAAAUAUUUUCGCUGCGAAAUAUCUCUCAUUUGUGUGUGGAAAAAAAUAAGGUUUUUUGACAUUUGCUGAAUCGAAUUUUUUUGUAAAAAAACGUUUUUUUUUAGUUUUUUUUCGACCUGAAUCACCCCAUAAUAAUCAGUGAGUCAGUCAGCGGAACACCGCAACUUACUGCAACUGGAACACCGCAACUUACUGCAACUGUUGUCGCAGCGCUGCGGCACUGCAACACAUGCGCCGGAGUUGCGCCCAUUUCCGCAACAGUUCACGCAACAGUUUCGAGUUUUGUCGCAACUCCGGCGCAUGUGUUGCAACAAAAAAAUGAUGCAGCGCUGCGACAAAUGCUGCCACAAUUGCGGUUCUUUUCCCGAGAUGUUUCUCAUUUUUUCCAUAAUGAAUUUAUUCUCAAUGUUAGUCGCUGCCUAUUAUGUGUGUUUUGGUAGAAGUGAGUGAGGUAAUCUAGUUUUUCUGACAAAAUAAUUAUGCAGAAAAUUUGUUUUUUUGAUCAGGAAAACAAAACUAGAGUCUAGUUCGAUUCUACGAGUAAAAACGUGUCCAAAAGAGUCCAAAAAUAGAGUAAAAACGUGUCCACAUUUUCAUUGUUUGAAAAUGUUAAUCUUGUUAUAGAAACUCUGAUUUUUUCAAUAAAAUAAAUAGACUUUUUUGGGUAAUUAAUUGGAUUAAAAUGUAUACAAUUUUUGUUCGAAAAUUUCAAAAAACCAAAGAUUUUUUCCCCUAAUAUACAGUGCGUUUCAUAAUGAUAGGUUCACCCCCAAAAUUUCUGAAAUCAGCCGAGGUGUGAGUUGUAAUAACAAUCCGAGUUAAAAAUAAAAAAGAGCACACAAAAUUAGCUAAGAAAACUCAAUUUUAUCUGAAACUACCAAAUAAUAAAAAAAUAAAUGACCGGAGUUCAAAAAUUUCAAAAAUUUAGCGUUUCAAAACGAUAGGUUCACCCGCAGUAGUACUGUAGUUAUGUUUCGUGGUAGGAGUUUUAUCGAAUAUUCUGGAAAAUACGAGUGA